UUCCACGUGCGAUGGUUUCGCGUUUGUCCAAACGCGGAAGGGAAAAGCCGCAAAAUAAGUAAACCUUCACACUCAAGGUUGUGUUCUUUCUUAUUUAGCUGUAGGUGUUUGUUUUCUCUUCCUCUGUAUAAACUAGCAUGGGUUAAAACGCAGGACUCUUUUCAGAAGCGCUCUCACUUGUGCGCGCUUGGCCUCCUAGCUUUCCUCCAGAAAAUUGUCCGUGUGUGUUGGUUCCCCGGAACUAGUUCAAUAUAUAACCGAAACCACGCCGAGUUCGACGCGUGCCUCACCGUCUGUCGGAUCCGCAAGCGUGCAAGCGCAGACACACUCUCUCGAAGGAACAAAAAGGCGAGCGCACCAUCAUGUCGCAGGCGUCAGACGACGGUGGGUCCAAAUCGCAGGACGAUUUCAAGGCCGAGAAUGCCGAGGAGGUGCGCCGUGUGCGCCGCGACUACGGCGCUGUCAUAGACGAACAGCUUAACGUGCCGGAGAACGUUCAGCCCAACGAGGUUCUGCAGCAAGCGGAAGAGCUCUUCGAAAACGUCGCGCGCGCACAGGAGGCCGUGCUGGACUCUACGCUUGUCAGCUUGGCGGCAUGCAGGGGACGUCAACUGGCCACCGCGCUGCCAGUGAACCUGCGCAAGUUCGACCACGAGGAGUUCGCAGCGCGGGUCCGCGACUCCGUGUCGGACGCGUCGCAGACCGGUCCGCUGACGGAGAAGGCGUGGGCGGAGCUUGGGGAGCUCGCGGAAGGAACCGCGAAGACGAGCCAUCCCGUCUGGUACCUGUACGGCUCCCCGGGUGACGUGCCGGUCGAGGCGAAAAAGGCGCCCGUCAGGCGCACGACUCAGGAUGCCCCGGACAGAGCGCCGACCGUACCUAAUAAGGUGUCCUCUGUGGAGCAGAUCAUUCAAGAGACAACCACAGAACGUGUCAGCGUAAUCCACCGGCUUCUGGGGGACUUAUACAAGCAAACGGGGUGCCCAUUGCCGUAUUUUGAAUUUGUGCUCCACCCGCAGUCAUUUGCCAAGACAUGUGAGAAUAUAUUUCAUCUGUCGUUCCUAGUCAACGAGGGCCACGCCCGCAUUAAGUACGAUGCGGACAACAUGGUAGUGGUGGAGCCCGUGUUUGCGAACACGAGUACCGAGCGUGAAGACAGAAGUGGAACAUUCAUGAUGACAAUGGACAUGACGAAAUGGCAAAAAGCUGUCAAAGCUUUAAAUAUCACCGAGCCUGUGAUUCCAGAUUAGUGGUGACUGUAUAAGUCCAGGCAUGGUGCUUUCUAAUUGAGUCCAGAGGACACCGGUGACAGCUAGCCUACAAGAAAAGGCGGCAACAAAACCGAAACACAGCCCUAAAUGAACUUUUGUGGUUUUGUGAACGAGGAGUUCACAGUUUAUUCAGUCUCUUUCAUCCUAUCCUGUUCAUCUCUCAUUACAAGUUACUUGUUUUCUGCCAGUAAAAGUGCUGUUUUGAAAAAUA